AAUCUCUUAAGUUUAAAUUUGAUAUUUUAAAUUUAUAACCAUUUGAGACUGAAAUAAUGAGACUCAGCUGAUCCUGUUGCAAUAAGUUGUGGUAUUAACCGAAGAAGAAAAAAACGGCGUUUAAGGUUGCGUUUUGAGUGGAAAAAAAGUAGAGUCCAUUUUAUGUCUUUUGGGCCUUUUGGCUUCAAAUUAGGCCUCUAUUUGCUUCUAGUUUGGGCCUAUCCAUUUCUUCCUCUUUCCUGAUCCGAGCGAUAAGCAACACGAAAUGGAAUAAACCCCAGAGCAGUGAGAGCUUUCUCCCGGUGUCAUCAGCUCGAGCUUCAGCAUUACGACAAUGGCUGAAAAAGAAUCUGAGUACGACAGUGCUUCUGACUCGAACCUAGUCUCCGAUCAGUCUUUCAAACUCCAAGAUCAGUCGACGCACCCUAGCACCACCGCCAACGCCGCUGCUGGUGGUCUUGAAGUCACUUGCUUUAGCGAGCUCGUCGGUGACGCUACCUUCCACUUCCAAAUCAUUCGUUUCCCUAAACAGGAUCGGUUGCAACUCUACGAAAUUCGGUGACUUGUACACAGCUGCAUCGACAUGACCUGUAAGAUUAUAACCUUCAAAAUUCAGGGAUUAAUAAUCGAUAAUGAAUAGUGGUUAAGUAGUCAAUGUUUUGAUGGAGGAAACAGAGCAAUACGGUCGGUGUGACUUCCAUUCUUGGAGGUUCUUCAGAUAACACUGGGUCUGGAAUCGCUAGGCGAUUAGUGUUAAAAAGUGGUCUUAACAUAAUUCUUGCCUGCAGUAUCCCAAAGAAUAGCCCCAUGCUUGAGGCAAAUGCUGAAAAGAAGCUGAUGGACAAGUUAAUUAGUUUGGGAUACAUGCAGCCAAGAUAAUGAUUUGUGAGAAUUUUCUUUCAUAGAAAAAGCUUCUAUCUUCAUCCCCCUGAACAUAACAGCAAGCUGUGUCUAACUGCACCAACACCUGGUGGUUCUUUCUCCUUAGCUCCACUUUAUUGGUUUGGAAAAUAAACCUCCAAAUGACAAAAUACCGGCUAUGAUUCCUUUGUUGUUAAUGAUCUGUGUUCUGUGAUCUAUAUCUGUUAUGGGCUUAGCUAGGGAAGAUUUGU